GCCCGAACAUAUAGUCGCGAGCUGGUCUACGGUGCGGACGACCGUGCAAUACCGUUGCUCUUCUCACGUUUACCCGCGGCGCGCGUGUUUCUCGAAAUAUGAGUGCUCGUCCUUGGUGAAAGAAACGCGAGAUGCUGGCCAGCUCGUGCCAACGGUUCGCGUACAUUCCUGGAGCUCGGUAACGAUUUCCCGUGGCCACGAAACGGAGCCCGCGACCCGGGCCCUUUUCCUUUUCCUCGUUACCUCGUGUCAUCGACUGUGGUCCCUUCUUCCAUCGGCACGAAGAAGAAUCGCGACUCGUGGCCCCGUGCAACCGAAGAAAGUCUCCAGUUCGAGGUUUGUCGUUCGUGUGCUUUCGUAUCUUGUUUCGAGACUACUUCGGCCGAGCACGAGUGCAUUCGUACGUUUGCGGAGGUUAAUGGUAUUCCCUGCAUUCCUGGGGACCUUUUUCCUCGUCCUUGGUUGCUCCGUGCCGCGCCUCAUUGUUUUGUGAAGUCUUUUGUGCCGCUUCCGUCGUACGGGAAUGUUUCGUGACCGAUCCAAAAAAAGAGCAAUAGCGAGUGGAAAGGAAUGAAUAACCGCGGCACAAGAAUUUACAAAGUUUCGGAACGGACUGGGAAAACGAGUAAUUGAAAGUGAUGGAACAUUGUUUAUUCCGCGGUUCGCGCUUUGUGUAGAUUGUCGAAGUAUGGUCGCAGGUGCCAAAACGGUGUGCUCGAGUGGACAUUUUCCCAAGCGGUUACAGCUAACCAUUGUGCAGCGAAGAGUUGACCUUUCGCUCUUCACUCACGGCGACGUAAUACGCACCGCGCGACUUGGUUUUAUUUACCGCAAACACUGACCGAAUCCACGCUGUACGCGAACGAAAGUCGAGUCGCUCGCGUUUGUUGGUUUCUGUGGGAAUCGGGGGACGGUCGUAUGUCAGAAGCAGCGACCACGAAAUUGCCUUGGAGUACCGAAAAUGAUUCUAGGGAGCGCGAGUUAACAGGUGCCCCGCGGUUAAGCACACCAUAGCGAGCCUCGCGUAAUCAUCGAAUUUGUGAAUAGACCGUGUAACGAUACAGUGUGCGAGGUUUCCGCGAAACGAUCAUUCGAGAGAGGUCACCGUCGUCGAUAGACGAAGGAAAACAUCGAUAGGGGAAAUAUUCACGUACCCACCCGACGUUUCCACGUAUUCCCAGGCAACAGAGAACCUUAUUUGUUUUCCUUGAUACACGUGUUCCUCCAGGGAGCACCACGGUACACGUCUAUAUUUAGAGGAAUUGCUGGAGCAAGAAAUUCGGAGCCCUCGAUGACUGGUGCGUUCCUCGGCCCUUAGGAGCCUCUCACUCUCCAGCGUCGAGACUAAGCAGGUGAGAUGAGCAGACCCUCCCCUCGGCAAAUAAAAAGAGGAAAAUAAACGAUCCGUACACAUGUAAGGGAUCUCUCGUCACAGACAUGAUGCACGUAGAGAAUCUGGAGGAGUCUCCCAAAAGGAGGUCGACGUUCUACGUGUCGUUAGACGGAGAGGCUCGACAGCCCUCGAAAAUCCCGAAAACGAUUUCUUCGGAGUCCGAGAAAUUCGUUAGCAACACUUUUCCUAUCAGUACCUCGAAGACGACGCCCAACGUCAUUCUGACGCGGACGUUGAGUAACAACGAGUCUAUCUGCGGGGCUAAGAGGGACGAUACGUUCCCAGAGUCCAGGGGCAAGGUGCAGUCCCUGACGAAGAUCUUCGAGACCCCAAAAACCGAACAAACUGGUAGCGGGUCCGAGCACAGGAAAAAGGUCGAGAGGACCAGGUCGUUCAAGACCAUAGAGAGAUUCCAGAGCCGGUUCACCGGCAGGAAGGACCCCGCUAGAAAAGAUAAUCGUUUGAAUAACACCAUCGCGUGCUUCGAAGUCGAGGAUGAGGACACGAAGAAGAAGGAUGCCGAGAAACAGCGGACCUCCGCGAAAAUCGUUGAAUCGAAGUCGAACGGAGCUGGCAGGAACAGCUCCACGGAGACUAGAAGCAAACAGAACGGGAACACCACGUUCACCAACUUGUUGAUACGCAGGACCCACAGCACCAAGUUAGUUAGGAGCACCAGCACGUUGGUGAAGGUGACGAACAGGCACGCGUCCGUAGACAGCCCCUGUGCCAUCGCGACGCCUUCCAAGAACGACCAUCAUCGUUCUGGAAGCGAGAAAUCGAAAGACGACGAUACACCCUACGAUUCCGUUGCGGACAACGACGAGGGCACGGGAUCCUCCGUCUUCGAGGACGCUGAUGGGGACGCUGGGAUACAUUCAGAUACGUCCUACGAGAAGGCCUGUCGGAGGGGUAGCGCACCAGCCACCCCUGUCCUCGGAGCACGACCCUUGGACGUCACCCCCAACAGAAUCGUCAAUUUCUUCUCGAAGAGAUCGUUCCGCUCGAACCCGCUCAAGAGAACGAAAAGCGUGACGAAGUUAGAGCGACAGAAGCAACGGGGCGCAGGUCUACGGGGUUGUCGUUCACACGAGUCCCUCCUCUGCGGACAGGCGGUGACCUCGAUGGAUCUCGCGGCCGUGACACCGUUGCAUCCGAGCCUGCUUGGAAGACCUCAUUGCUUCCAGGUCACGCCCAGCACCGGUGGGCCCAAGUAUUUCAGUUGCAGGACCGCUCACGAACGGGACCAGUGGUUACACAGUUUAAGGAAAUCAGUUCAACCAGACGCUGAGCAAACGCGACGUACGGACAAUUCCCUGCAGAUUUGGCUGUUGGAAGCGAAGGGCGUGCCAGCAAAGAAGAGAUACUUUUGCGAGGUAUGUCUGGACAGCACCCUGUAUGCAAGGACCACCGCAAAGUUGAAGGCAGACCUCUGUUUCUGGGGCGAGCACUUCGACUUCCAUCAUCUACCUUCCGUCAACACAAUCCAAGUGAAUCUGUAUAGGGAGGCUGAUCGGAAAAAGAAGAGGGACAAAAAUGUUUUAAUCGGUUCCGUCAGCAUACCUGUGCAUAUCGUGACAUCACGUUAUCUGACAGAGAAGUGGUACCCCGUGGUGGGAGAUAAAGGUCCUUUGAAGGAACCCCCAGCGUUGAGGGUGAAAUGUCGCUUCCAAUCUGUGGACAUACUACCUGUUCAGGUGUACCAGGAGUUCCUGGAAUACCUGAAGACCGACUACAAAUCUUUAUGCGAGAAACUGGAGCCUGCGAUUGGCGUCAAAGCGAAAGAGGAUAUCGCCACGGCUUUAGUAGCAGUCAUGCAACGGGAAAAGAAAGCGCCACAGUUUCUCGCUGACUUGGUUAUGAUGGACAUACACAGAAUAGACGACGAAAGACUCACCUUUCGAGGAAAUUCUUUAGCCACGAAGGCGAUGGAGGCCUACCUGAAGUUGACGGGCGAUAGGUAUCUGCAAGAGACCUUGGGAGCGGUGGUGAGGGGCGCGGUAGAGGGUGGCGAUUGCGAAGUGGACCCACUGAAGGUCGCCUCGGUGGCAGCCCUUCACAAACAACAACAGAAUCUACGGAACGCCGUGGAGCUCGCCUGGAGCAGGAUACUGGCCAGCCAUGCUCACUUUCCUCUCGAGUUGCGUGAAUGCUUCCGCAUAUUCCGUGAACGUCUGGCCGAUAUGUGUCGCGAGGACAUUGCCGACAAUCUGAUCUCCGCGUCUAUAUUCCUCAGAUUCCUCUGCCCAGCUAUACUCAGCCCGUCUCUCUUCAAUAUUACGCACGAAUAUCCGAACGAGAAGGCAGCGAGGAAUCUCACUCUCGUGGCCAAAACGCUCCAGACGCUAGCAAACUUCACGAGAUUUCAAGGAAAAGAGAACUUCAUGGAAUUCAUGAAUGACCUUUUGGAACGCGAGGCUCCAUCCAUGAAAAACUUUCUUCAGCUGAUCAGCAGCUCAUUCCCAAAGGACUCUCCAGCUAACAAUUCGCUGGAAUUCGACGGCUACAUAGACCUGGGAAAGCAAUUAUCCCUCCUCCACGCGCUUCUACGAGAAAGUUUAGUCACGAUUGCUUCGUCAUCGUCGCCCCUGCCCCCACCGAAACUGCCAGAGAUCUUGGAAAGGAUUUCCCUAGCUUUGGACCAACCAGGUCCGAGUCCCGUGCCAGCUUCCCAUCGUUACCCGAACUUGCAGAACAAUAUCUUUCGUUACAACGAUCCCACAAUCGCGAACAGCAACACGAAUCUCUCUGUGUCAGCCACGUCGACUCUGAGCAACCACAGCACGCUGAACGGGACGAUCAGAGACAGCAACGAAGUGCUGCAGUCUAACACGUUAGGUCACAACAGCUCGCGCAGUCCAAACGUCACCAGAGCUGCCACUCUGCCUCGCAACGCGUACAUGCCGACUAAUGGGAAGCUUCAGCUGCAAAUUACCACAGAUGAUUAUCCAUUAGAACCAGCAGCCUUCGUGUCACGUUCGCCAACCCCGAUUGUGAGACAACAUAGGGCAAUCGGGGCGAAUAGAACAGGUGCAGGAUAUAGACUGACUGCCAGCGCGAGUCUUGCAAACGUGAAUCACUGUCAAACACACCCCACCAGCCCUACGCGAUCAGAAAGUCACAGUAACCUGAAGGACUCGAACUACAACAUCAACACGUCCCAGAAUAAUCAAACGAACAUCUGCACAAUCGUCGCUCAGCAGCAACAGCAGCAACAGAAUCACCGACACAAUAUCGCGCGGCUGCAAAACAUGGACAUCCACGACAGAGAGGACAACUACAAUCACAACAACUACAACGUCUCAAGGUCAGCCAGCAGGAAUCACUGUAACAAGGAGGAGAACGCGAAUCAGAUGCAGCAUCAGAAUUACAACAACGUAUCGAAGACCACCGUGAACGCAAACGUAGUGGUGAAUCCCUCGUCGAACCUAACGCUCUCUAUCAAUCACCAACCCAACAACAAUUACAAUAAUAGCAAGAUGAACAACACCGCUAACGGCAAUCUGGAUGAAUUUUCAGACUUGCUCAGGUACGCAGACGAUGAAGUUUCGGAGUCGAAAUCGCAAAAGGGAUCGCAGAUAUCGAUCUCGCAAUUGAGCAACGUUGCCUCGUCCGGUUAUCAAAGUUUUGCUGCUUACAGUCAGAGUUCCAGCCCUGUAGAUCUGAGUAGCAAUAACGCAAACGCACACAUAAUCAGCGCCGCGCCUUUAGCUUUCGCGAAUCCUGUGUACCGGAUGGAACCGAAUCACGGAAGAAAUGGUAGAAGAGGUAGCAGCAGCUCUGAGGAGAGAGAAGGAAGCGGCGGUGGCGUCGAAGGUGUCAGAGGUGUUGAUCUGAGUCCAUCGCCUCCGCCUCAAAACAAUGUCAGAAAUCUUCAGAGGAACAGUCAGAACCAAUGGAGGCAAACCAAACAAACACACAGGAAUAACUCGGAACAGAUUCAAGGCGUCUGCUGCCCGAAACACAGGAGGAGGUUGUCGCUAGACUCGACGCGAGAUCUGUCCGACACUAGCGAAGAGGAAAAUUGCACGACCAGAAGGAGCAAGUCUCGUAGUCACCGUAGCAUCGAACAGUACGAAGUGGAAAUCGAGAGGCUGCGGAAUAGCAUAGAUGAACUGAGGGCACAGUUCGGCAUCACCGAGGAUACCGAUAUUGACGGGAUUGCACCGGAUACCAAGAUGAAGAGCAUCAUCUCCAGUCAAUUAUAUUUCUAAGCUUCUUACGUUUUUACGUCACAUUGUUUAGCGUAUAAUGUCUUCAUAAGUUCUCUCUUGUUUUCGUAAACGGCGAAUACACGCGAAUCGUCGCCGUACGAUCCGAGUUAGAUUUAUAAUAACAUAUUUAUUCAUCUCACCCAUCUUAUACUUUGAACCACCGACGAAAGCAUUAUUCACCCUACGUGCAUACUUACAUCACCGUCCAAUAACAUUUUAUCAGUCUGUCUCAUAUCACUGUUACUUCACUCCACUUCACUCGACAAUCUCGUCACAAUCUCGGAACACGUUUCAUUCUGUUCACAUGUGUUGCACUGCAAUCUACUCUACAAUCCACUAUUUUUUUUGCGCAUCAAAGUCUCUGUGUAGCGGAUCGCAGCGCGGAAAUGUUCAGGAUACAGCGCACGGUGUAUUCGAUAGUCAGUUUAUUGUUAGUUUCAUUUUUUCGUGUUGUGAAAUUUUUUACAAAUAGACCAAUUGCUAGAUAUGUUAAUUUCUUUGGAGAUCAUUACAAGUUAAUUGGAUUCUUGUAAAUGGUACAUGUGUACAAUAGCAUACAUUUUUGUAAAAUUAAUUUUCUAUGCAUGACAUGAUAGAAAAAUAUGUAUUCAGAAAACUAAGCUGUAAGAGUUCCUUGUCAUACAAUCAAAUUAUUACAGUAAGUCUAAUCCACUAAUUUCAAUAAUUUAAAUUGAUCUUAACAAUUCCGUUAAUUUUAACAUUUACUCUUGCCUACUAAUUUUUAUCCUUUUAGCUAUUGGCGUUCUGCUUAAAAACUGAUAUAGCUUUAAAAAGACUGUAAAAGACUAGAAAAGAGCCAUCGAAUACAUAAAACAUUUCCAGGUAUUAAAUGUGCAUGAAUCAUUAUAAUGUUUUAGUUACAACACUAAUGCAACAAAAUUGUUAUUUGCAGCAAGACAAAAUAGCAAAGCAUUAACUGCAAGCAAUUUACUUUUUGCACGAACUAAUUUUCUAGUUAUUUUUACUGUUGCUCGGUCGAGUGAACUGUCCUGAACGUUUCUUCCAUGCCCACUACUCACACACUAUGUUACAACUUUUCAUUGUGGUCAAUCGCGGAGGCAGGUGCCUUGCUUCUGUGAUCAAUGAAUCUAUGUAUCCAUGCACUACACUUAAUGGUUCCUUUUGGUUGUCCAAGCAUAUAUUUUGCACCAGACACUGCUGCUUCCUUUGAAUUUCAUUUCUGAGUAUAUCGAUGUUCUUUUUUUUAAAUAUAUGCAUCGUGGUAUGCUUGGAUACUCUCUAGCCUCCCUGUGAAAUCUCUCUGAACUUAAAGUACCAAACACGUUCAUCAGCCAAGUAUCUUACAUUGAUCUCAAUCUACAAGUCAAUACCACCAUAAAAUGUGCAAGGAGGAAUAUAAAUAUAAUUUCUGUGAAGGCAACAAACAUCUAGUGUUGCCUAGACUAACUUCCAGAACCAUAUACAAGAAAAUGUUUUACCUGUCUUCUGCUAAUGAAAAUAAUAGAAGUGGACAAGGCACAUUACUUUGCAUGUCUUAACAUACUUCAAAGAGAACCGAUUCAAUUACAAUUUCUUGAAACAUGUUCCUCUUCUUGGUGUAUCUGCCAAAAUGAAAAACCUAAUUAUCUGCAUAAGACUAUAGAGAGAAUUAACAGGUGAAGCUCAGUUCCAUGUGUACGGAGAAUCAUCAAAAUACUCUCUGUUUCUCCAAAGAAUCAUAAUACGUUUGCUGCAUUCAGUUGGAGAACCAUCCACCACAGACUGUGCUACAUUUGUCAUAACUUUGUUGUCUUAAUGCCAUAAUGUCUUAUGCAUGUAUAUGAGACAGAGUUAUUACUUCAAUUGUUUAUAUGAGUAUAAGAGGGUGAAGAAUUACAUAUACAUAAUAUUACCCUCCCAUGAAAGAUCAGAGAGUUACAUACAUCUGACACUGAUAACAAACGUGUUAACAAAGAUCAGUUUAAUGGAGAACCAGAGACUGUUCGGAUGGUAAACACACAAUCUGGAUCUCCAACAACAAAAGCAGAUCUCUACCGAUUAAGUUCACCCAGAGACCUCUAAACCGUGGUUUUUUUUUUACU